AUGAGAUCUUACACAGUCUUCCCACUGGCCUCUAUCUUCCUCUCUCUAAUGCUGUUUCAUCAAGUCUGGCCUCAGUUUCCACGAGAAUGUGCCAAUGUUGAGGCUCUGAGAAGUGGAGUGUGUUGCCCCGACUUGUUCCCUUCCUCCGGACCUGGGACUGACCGCUGUGGCUCAUCAUCAGGGAGGGGCAGGUGUGAGGCUGUGACUGCAGACUCCCGACCCCACAGUCGCCAUUACCCUCAUGAUGGCAAAGAUGACCGAGAAGGCUGGCCUCUGCGGUUCUUCAAUAGGACAUGUCAGUGCAAUGGUAAUUUCUCGGGACACAACUGUGGGAGCUGCCGUCCUGGGUGGAGAGGAGCGGCAUGCAACCAGAAAAUUCUCACAGUCAGGAGAAAUCUUCUUGACCUAAGUACAGAAGAAAAGAGCCACUUUGUCAGGGCCUUGGAUAUGGCGAAACGCACAACUCACCCUCAAUUUGUCAUUGCCACAAGGAGGUCAGAAGACAUACUGGGACCAGAUGGCAACACACCACAAUUCGAGAACAUUUCCAUUUACAACUACUUUGUCUGGACACACUAUUACUCAGUUAAAAAAACCUUCCUUGGGGCAGGACAGGAAAGCUUUGGUGAUGUGGAUUUCUCUCAUGAAGGACCAGCUUUCCUCACAUGGCACAGGUACCAUCUGCUGCAGCUGGAGAGUGACAUGCAGGAGAUGCUGCAGGAGCCUUCUUUCUCCCUUCCUUACUGGAAUUUUGCAACGGGGAGAAAUGUCUGCGAUGUUUGCAGUGAUGACUUGAUGGGAUCCAGAAGCAACUUCGAUUCCACCCUUAUAAGCGCCAACUCUGUCUUCUCUCAAUGGAGAGUGGUCUGUGAGUCCUUAGAAGAGUACGACACCCUGGGAACACUUUGCAACAGCACUGAGGGUGGGCCAAUCAGGAGGAACCCGGCUGGAAACGUGGGGAGACCAGCAGUGCAGCGGCUUCCGGCACCACAGGAUGUCUCUCGGUGCUUGGAGCUCAGAGUGUUUGACACACCUCCUUUUUAUUCAAAUUCUACAAACAGUUUUCGAAACACAGUGGAAGGUUACAGUGAUCCCACUGGAAAAUAUGACCCUGCUGUUCGAAGCCUUCACAACCUGGCCCACCUCUUCCUGAACGGAACUGGAGGACAAACCCAUCUGUCUCCCAAUGAUCCUAUUUUUGUCCUCCUGCAUACUUUCACUGAUGCCAUCUUUGACGAAUGGCUAAGGAGGUAUAGUGCUGAUAUUUCGACCUUCCCACUGGAAAACGCUCCAAUUGGGCAUAACAGGCAAUAUAACAUGGUACCAUUCUGGCCUCCAGUUACCAACACAGAAAUGUUUGUUACUGCUCCGGACAACCUGGGAUAUGCUUAUGAAGUUCAAUGGCCAGGUCAGGAGUUUACUGUGCCUGAAAUCAUUACCAUUGCUGUAGUGGCUGCACUGUUACUUGUCGCUGUCCUUUUUUUGGGUGCUUCUUGUCUGAUCCGAUCUAGGCGCACCAAAAAUGAAGUCAGCAAGCCUCUCCUCACUGAUCGCUAUCAAUGCUAUGUUGAAGAAUAUGAAGAACUACCAAAUCCUAAUCAGUCCAUGGUCUGA